AUGACGUCACAGCAGACGAUCCACGAGGAGUGGUGCGACAGCGACGAGGCGGAGGCGCGGGACGCGUCGCAUGGCGACCGGCAGCCGUUCGCACCAACAGAGAAGAAAGCCAGUCCGACGAAGAAGAACAAAAAAGAUGCUUCCGAGCUUCCGAGCGUUUCGCAGGAGAUGUUGCCCUCCUUCAAAGAAGCAGACGAAAGCGACCGGCGUCCGAGAAUCGACUGUUCCGCGAUCGCCGAAAACGGCAGCAGACGCGGCGCCCGCAGCGCCAUCGAACGGAGGGACUGGCGGCGCGUCACCCUGCACGCCGACCAUAGUCCGCGACAUGCGGAGAGCGCGCGGGAGAGCGGCGGCAGCCACGCCCCCGGCACGCACCCCGCCACCCCCACCCACAGUCCGUGCCAAGCGGGUAACACCGCUAGCUACAGUCCACGCCAGGAGGCUAACACCGCUAGCAACAGUCCGUGCCAAGCGGGUAACACCGCUAGCAACAGUCCACGCCAAGAGGCUAACAGCGCUAGCAACAGUCCACGCCAGGAGGCUAACAGCGCCAGCAACAGUCCACGCAACACGAAUAACAGUACUAACCACAGUCCACGCCACAUGUCCAAAAACAGUCCACCCCACACGGAUAACAGUACUAACCACAGUCCACGCCACACCGCUAGCAACAGUCCACGCCACACCAUUAGCAACAGUCCACGCCACACCACUAGCAACAGUCCACCCCACACGGCUAACCACAGUCCACCCCACACGGCUAACCACAGUCCCUGCCCGCACACACACAGCCAGGACUCUUGCUGCUACACGGACCACACCUCCUCCUACCACAGUCCUUCCCGCCACGGCGGGAACAGCACCCAGGCAAGCGCACGCUACACACCCAACACGUCGGUCAGCAUGUACAACAGUCCGUCCGCCGAUCUGUCGCUCGGAAGUAAAUCCAUCGAGGAACAGGUGGUUCCGGGAACGCCGAACGGACGACAUACGGGAGACACUUCCGCAUCCGGUCUCCGUCGCUCCUCUCCCGUACGCAGCGACAACGAGCGUGAGGCGAAGAAUGCAAGCUCGUCCAGCGGGAGCAAGAUGACUGAAGCCAUACACACGUGGUCGCUGAAUGGCAACACACCAUCGACGGAUGUAUGUACGUGGUCUCUCGGAGCAGGAGGAAGCGGGAGGAGGUCAGAGAAGAAGCUGAGCGACGGACCGACGAUGACCGUCCUCUACGACUUUGAGGCGACGGAGGAAGGCGACCUCAGCGUGCGGCAGGGCGCCACCAUCACGCUCCUCAACGACGACGACGCCACCUGGUUGUGGGUGCGCGACGUCGGCAACGCGGAGGGAUACAUCCCGCGCGACUUCGCCGUAGAGGACGGCUUCUCCGAGAGCGGGAUAGAGGUUCCCGACGUCGGGGAACAUUUCCCGUCGCCUUCCGCCUGCCUUCCCGCCGCCGCGGCGGUGGCAGCAGCGUCGCCGAACCCGGAUAGCGACACGGACGGGAUGGCGGGUACAGGGAAGCUAAGUCUUAGUUACACAGCAUCCUCCUCAUCCUCCAGCAGCCUCGAACAGCCGACCGACGAGCGACACAAGACGACGACGACGUGCGACGACGGUGACGUCACCGCCGCCGCCGACGUGCCCUGCUUCGAGGAGUCGUUCGUCGCCAUGUCAACGCGUGCCGGCGCGAGAGGCUGCGACGAUGACGACGGGUGCGUACCUGCGACGCCAGAGGGCAGUGCGGUGGCUGCGGGUGAUCACGUGGUGUUCGACGAGAGUCCGAUAGAGGCGCCACCUCUGCGACGGCGGGAUGCGGUGCCGCAGAGAUCUUUCCAGAUGUACUUGUAGUCGUCGGCAGCGACGCGAGUGUAGGGGGCGCGGUGGUAGCCACGAGGUGACCGGUAACAUUGGUGAUUUACGCUGUUUCUCGCUGGCAGACGCGGUAACCCAUAUCGGAUCUGAAGAGAUGUCGUCAGCGCUGUUAGAUAUGAACUGAUAUGUGCAAAUAAAUAGAUAACUGAGCGCAGUGCAGGUCUGCACAAAUGACGGCAGUGGCUUGCUAUUGGUUAAUAAUGCAACAGCCUGCAUCGUUGCUUACUUACACUAUAUGUAUAUACCUCACAAUUCACCUCCGUCCCUCCUCUCCCCUCCUUCUUCUCUCUCUGUCUC